AGUUCUAUGCACCGUGUUGACACAGCUGGUGUUGUGUCAAGGAUGUUUUCCUUGGGAUGCAUUGCUCGACGUGCUUAUUCCGUCCCAGGACCACAGUCUCUAAUGCAUAUUGACACAAAUCACAAACUGAUACGCUAUAACAUUGUGAUCUUUGGAGGUAUUGAUGGCUUUUCUCGUAAGAUUAUGUAUCUCGGUGCUGCUUCCAACAAUCUGGCAUCGACAACACUGGCAUUCUUCCAAAAAUCAAUCGAGAAGUUUGGUUUUCCUCUCAGGGUUCGUGGCGACCACGGAGGGGAAAAUGUGGAGGUUGCACGGCUGAUGUUUACUGUUCGUGGCACAGGAAGAGGCAGUUUCAUUUCAGGAAAGAGUGUGCACAAUCAAAGAAUAGAGCGACUGUGGAGAGACCUCUGGGUGGCCGUUACAUGCAUUUACUACGAUGUUCUUCACAACCUUGAGGAAGAGGGCCUUCUUGACAUUUCAAAUGUUGCACACCUCUUUUGCUGCCAUUACGUCUUUCUUCCUCGACUGGAGGAUGAUUUGAAUACAUUUUGCAGUGGAUGGGACAACCAUCCACUGCGAACAGAAAACAACAUGAGUCCCAACCAGCUGUGGGAGUUGGGUCACAGAUAUCACCCUGUUCCUGUUCCAGAAAAC